UCUGCUUCCCCAGCUGAGUAGCUCGGAGGUACCUUUUCCCCGAGCAGGACCUCCUUCGUGUCGAGGUUUCCGCGCCUUCCCUUCGGAGCUCUGGGGGACUACCCCCACAGUAAAAAUCAAAAGUAUUUCGGUGUGAUUGACGCCUGGGCGCGAGGUCGUGGGUCGCUUGGUGACGUCCGGUCUCGGGCCCAGGGACUGAAGGGAUUAGAGAACCUUCCCCUGCUCGUCGCCCCGCUCGCCCGCGGGGUCUAGGGCUCAGGUCGGAGCUGGCUGGCCGGGCCCCCGGCCCCUGCUGAGUCGCCAUGCCCGUGUCCACCCAGCAGCUGGCGGAGGAGCUGCAGAUCUUCGGCCUGGACUGCGAGGACGCCCAGAUCGAGAAACUGGCAGAGCUGUGUGUUCUGUAUGGACAGAACGAGGAGGGGAUGGUGGGCGAGCUCAUAGCCUUCUGCACCAGCACCAAGAAAGCUCACCUCACCCCUGAGGUCCUGAGCACUUUUGAACAUGAGAUUCUGAGCAAAAGAUUAUCUAAGACCUGGCACAGUAGCUCCAAGGACAGUGGGCAUGCGGGCGCUAGAGACAUCAUUUCUAUACAAGAGCUAAUCGAAGUGGAAGAAGAAGAGGAGACCCUUUUGAAUUCUUACACCACACCCUCUAAGGGUCCUCAGAAGCGAGCUAUCACCAUGCCAGAAACCCCCCUAACAAAAAGGAGCGUGUCUACUCGUAGCCCACAUCAGCUCCUCUCUCCAUCGAGUUUCUCUCCAAGUGCUACUCCCUCCAAGAAAUACAACUCAAGAAAUAACCGAGGAGAAGUGGUCACCACCUUUGGCUCUACACAGGGCGUGUCGUGGUCUGGGAGAGGAGGAGCUGGAAGCAUCAGCCUGAAGGUCCUGGGGUAUCCAGAGCCACUGACUGGGAGCUACAAAUCCAUGUUCCAGAAGCUCCCAGACAUUCGAGAAGUUCUGACCUGUAAGAUAGAAGAGCUUGGCAGUGAACUCAAGGAACACUACAGGAUCGAGGCCUUUACUCCUCUUCUGGUCCCAGCCCAAGAGCCUGUCACCCUGCUGGGCCAGAUAGGCUGUGACAGCAACGGGAAACUGAACAGCAAGUCAGUGAUUCUGGAGGGAGACCGGGAGCACUCCUCAGGUGCUCAGAUUCCAGUGGACUUGACUGAGCUCAAAGAGUACUCUCUGUUUCCUGGACAGGUUGUGAUUAUGGAAGGAAUUAACACCACUGGCAGAAAACUUAUUGCCACCAAACUCUACGAGGGUGUGCCGCUUCCAUUUUAUCAGCCCACUGAAGAGGACGGAGAUUUUGAGCAGACCAUGGUCAUGGUUGCCUGUGGGCCCUACACCACGUCUGACAGCAUCACCUACGAGCCACUGCUCGACCUGAUCACCGUCAUCAACCGCGACCGGCCAGAUGUCUGCGUCCUGUUUGGUCCUUUCCUGGAUGCUAAGCACGAACAGGUGGAGAACUGUCUGCUGACAAGCCCAUUUGAAGAUGUCUUUAGGCAGUGUCUGCGAACCAUCAUCGAAGGGACGAGAAGCUCCGGCUCCCACCUGGUCUUCGUCCCRUCCUUGAGAGACGUGCACCACGAGCCUGUGUACCCACAGCCGCCUUUUAGCUACUCCGAUCUGUCUCGGGAGGACAAAAAGCGAGUGCAGUUUGUGUCGGAGCCCUGCAGCCUCUCUGUAAACGGGGUGAUCUUUGGCCUGACGUCCACGGAUCUGCUGUUCCACAUGGGGGCCGAGGAGAUCAGCAGCUCCUCUGGAACCUCAGACCGACUCAGCCGCAUUCUCAAGCACAUCCUGACCCAGAGGAGCUACUACCCACUGUACCCUCCCCAGGAGGACAUGGCCAUCGACUAUGAGAACUUCUAUGCCUACGCACAGCUUCCAGUCACCCCAGACGUCCUCAUAGUCCCCUCGGAGCUGAGGUACUUUGUGAAGGACAUCCUCGGCUGCGUCUGCRUGAAUCCCGGGCGCCUCACCAAAGGGCAGGUGGGUGGCACCUUUGGCCGCCUGUACCUCAGGAGGCUGCUGGUGGCCGGAGAGACGAGGCAGAGCCCUUGUAUUGCUGCCCAGGUGGUCAGGAUCUGAGUCUUCGGGCCUCUCCACCCUCCUUGUGCAGCACCCAGGGGAGCAGCGGGCUCUGAGGACCCGGGUGUGGUGGGGCCCUGGCUCUGGGUCAGGCUUCCCUGGAAGGAAGCUCUCACCCCGAAUGGACACCAGUGUCCGAGGGGAGCCAGUGGGAAACAGUGCUCUGGAAGGGCGGGAAGGCUUUGGGAUUUUUCUACGUGAAUCAAACCCACAAACAACUUUU